AUGUCUAAAGUUGACACAUACUUCGAUGACUUAACUUCCUGCUCGCUAUUUGGCUUCCUGGAGCACAAGCGUCCAACAGAAAAAAGAAAAGCAUAUAGUGUGUACAAAGGAACACUUAUUUAUAUUGCUAAAGACGAUACCACCAAGCCGGAAAGAAGAACGCUUGCGCAAGCUUGUCUAAACGUUUUUGAGCUAUCUGUUCGACCUCUGUGUCAGUGGGGGAAUUGCCUCAGUGCUGGUGUGGAUUUCACGCUACCUCCUAACCUCUGUGUUGUGGAGUUAAGACCUCCGUGUCGUGAACAAACUAAUUCAGUUCCGGUAGAACAGUACUGGAUGGAUCUGGCAAAGUACAAACUAGAGAACGAGAUUUAUCUCGAAGAGAUUUGUCGUUUGCUACGAAAAACUAUUACAAAAAGGUUUGAAAAACGGAGUGUCUCAGAAGUCGAAGAAAAGGUAAAACCAGUUAAUACACAAUCACUGACUUCAAGCCUAGUUACAACAUCUAGAAUCACAGAAUUAUACGAAUG